UAAUAAUGAAAUAAAGAAGAAGAAGAAGAAGAAGAAGAAAAUGAGAACUUGAGAGAGAGAGAGAGAGAGAGAGAGAGAGAGAGAGAAAGAGAGAGAGAGAUUAAUGGGAGGAGGUCAAAAUAAGAAACAUUUGUGAAGAGUAGAAGGAAGAGGAGGAGGAGGAAGAAGAGGAGGAAGAGGAGGAAGAGGAAGAGGAGGAGGAGGAAGAGGACAUGACAGUUCCGCCGCACGAGAUGGGUCCAAGGAAGGAAGAAGAAGAACAACAACAACAAAUAGAGGAAGAGGAGGAAGAAGAAGAAGAAGAAGGAAGAGGAGGAGGAGGAGGAGGAGGAGGAGGAGGAGGAGGAGGAGGAAGACAACUCGAGACUGAACGAAAAAGUAACGUUGAGAGGAAGAACAGGAAGAGAUGAGGAAGAAGGAAGAGGAGGAGGAGGAAGAGGAGGAGGAGGAGGAGGAGGAGGGGAAGAGGAGGAGGUCUCCCACCCCCCCUGAUGGAGGCUGGGGGUGGGUUGUUGUCUUCGCCUCCUUCAUGAUUCACGUCUUAGCUGACGGGUUUACCUACACGUUCGGAAUCUACUUCGUCCAGCUGGUCCAGUAUUAUGAUGCUACUGCGGCCGCCACCUCCUGGAUCGCCUCUAUCCUUGUUGGCGUCACCUUGGGAUCAGGUCCCAUCGCUGGCAUCCUGGUGAACAAGUUUGGGUGUCGAGUCGUGACAAUUGCUGGCGCCAUUCUUGCCUCGGCCGCUCUCUUCUCCUCCAUCGCUGCCCCGUCUGUGGAAACUCUCUACGUCACGAUAGGCCUGGGCGCUGGCCUUGGGUUUGGGCUGAUCUACCUGCCGGCCAUCGUGUGUGUCACCUGUUAUUUUGAGAAGCGGAGAUCCUUUGCCACUGGUAUUGCGGUGUGUGGGUCUGGCAUUGGUACCUUUGCCUUCUCGCCCCUUGUAGAGUAUUUGAUAAACGAACUCAGCUGGCAAAAUUCCCUCGUCGUAAUCUCUGGCAUAAUGUUAAACUGCGUGGUGUUCGGUGCUCUCUUCCGCCCGCUGGAGGGAGACACCGCCCCGCCGCCGCCACCCACGCCCGACGAGGGACUCCAGAUGCGACCGCCCACACUUCUAGAGCCGUCCAACCCCGCCACGCCCGACCCCUGCGCUCCUGCCACGCCCACAGGAGAGUCUAUGACUCAGGUUAUCAUUAAUCCUGACACACUGCCGCUGCCUCCGCUGUCUGUGAAAAGGCUAAGCCUGGACAGACUUCGUAAGAACUUUAGUGACAUCAACUUGCGCGGGUCAAGCGGGGCGUCUCAUCUCCCGCGCCGCCUCCUCCACCACCACCACAACAACAGUAUUCCGCGCGUUGGCUCUGCUGGGGCUAUAGAUCCCAUGGACCCACUUAUGAAGACCGCUGUGUCCCAACCGUUGCUCCCCAGUCCAGGAGGGGGCCGCCUGCACCAGAGGGGAGGAGGGAGUCUGCCCCCCUCCCACCACGGGUCGGGGAUCCUGUAUAGAAAGGAUAUCUUCUACAGAGGCUCACUUCUCAACAUUCCCUCCUACAGGCAAGACCCAGGAAGCUACAGGGCGUCCGUAAUGCGACUGCCUGACGAGGAGACGCCGAGUGAGGCAGAGAAGGCCAAGGUGUGUGGGUGUGUGCCGUGCAGCAGAGAGACCCGGGCGGCCAUCACGAGCUUAAUGGACUGGGGACUCCUUACUGAUGGGAUCUUCAUUCUCUUUGCCAUAUCCAACUUCUGCACCUCAAUAGGAUUCAAUGCUCCUUAUGUCUUCGUUGUGGAUAGAGCGCGGCACCUUGGCAUCCCAGAUCGUCAAUCCUCGUUCUUGCUGGCUGUGGUGGGCAUCUCGAACACCGUGAGCCGAAUCGUGUUGGGCUACAUUUCGGACCAGCCCUGGGUGAACCGCCUCUACUUAUACAACGUGGCCCUCACCCUCUGUGGACUGGGCACAUGUGGGAGUAUUUGGUUGACAUCAUACAGCUCCCAAAUCUUCUACGCGGUGGUGUUCGGGGCGACCUCCGGAGCCUACGUGGGUCUGACGUCAGUGGUGUUGGUAGACCUGCUAGGAAUGGAGCGGCUCACUAAUGCCUUUGCUCUGUUGCUGUUCCAAGGCAUUGCUUCCCUCAUUGGCCCGCCUAUCUGUGCCUCCUUGUUUGACGUCACUCUCUCCUACGACUACACCUUCUUGCUGGCUGGCGGUAUGAUAGCAUUGUCUGGCCUCAUGCUUUUCUUUAUCCCCUGUAUAUGGAGAGCACAAGCAAGGUCGCUAGUUAAACAGCAGCAUUAAACUCUAUUGUGUGUGUGCGUGUGUUUAGUGGGUAUUUUUGGGGGUCUUCAAGGGUGUUUUGAGGGUUUUGAUGACGUUAUUGGGGUUUUGAGGGGUGUUUUUUAAGGUCCUGGUCGUGUUAUUGGGGUUUUUCAAGGGUGUUUUUAAGGUUCCGGUGGUUCUUUUGGGUUUUUCAAAGGUGUUUUUUAAUGUUUCGGUGAUAGUUUGACAGGCUGCAGUGGAAGUUAUUGGUGUUUUUCAAGG